AUGGCUGCCGGCGGCGUGCCGGCGGCUACUCUUCAGAUACUGUUGACGUUGGUUUGCUUGCUUUGUGCGGCGUCGGGGCUCCAACAAAUUCCGAAUUAUGAUCUCCCGGAUAUGUACAGGAGCUUCACGCGGAAUCGGAUCUGGUACCCGCCGGCCGUGGAAGUGAUCGUCAUCGAUCUGGGCAACACCAACUCCUGCGUCGCCGGCUACGCCCCCGGCAAGGCCGAGACCAUGUUCCAAUUCUGCAUCCCCUCCUGGGUCUCCUUCCUCGGCGACGGCGCUACCCUCGUCGGCGAGGCCGCAAAGAACCAUGCCAGCGCCGAGCCUGAGGUCACGGCCUUCGGUUUCAAACGCCUGCUUGGGCUCACACGAUACCACUGGUACGAAGAGGGCAUCGUGCAGAGAGCCAUCGAGCGCUUCCCGUACAAGAUCGGUACAAGAAGCAGCGACUGGCCAUGCAUCCAAGUGGAGGCCAUGGAUGGUACGGUCAAGCAGCACGACCUCGAGGACGUCGCGUCCAUGGUGAUCGCCCAGCUCAAGGUCAAGGCCGAGGAGUACCUCGGACGUCAGGUCGAGUACGCCAUCAUGACCGUUCCACAGCAUUUCAGCGGGCCGUCCAAGCAGGAUGCCGAGAAGGCCGCCAUGAUUGCUGGGCUAGAGAUAGUGGACAUGGUCUCCGAGCCCGUCGCGGUUGCCGUCGCUUAUGACCUCCGCAGGAAGCUGCGCAAGGGCAGCAAUGCUCUAGUGCUCCAUGUUGGCGGCGGCACGGCGGAUGCGAGCGUCGUCACGGUUAUGAUGGAUGGUUCUCCUGGGAUCCUUUCGUACUGGGACGAUCCUUUCCUUGGAGGAGAUGAUUUUGAUCAAAGGAUCGUGGACUAUUUUGCCAAGCUGGUGAAGAUGAAGCACGGGAAGGACAUCAGUGAGGAUUCGGUCGCUCUCGGAAAACUGAGGGCAGCAUGCGAGCGUGCCAAGAAGGCAUUGAGCGAUCAGGAUCAUGUGCAAGUGACUGUUGAAUCUCUUUUUGAUGGCGUGGAUUUCUCUCAGCCAUUCUCACGGUCAGAGUUUGAGGAAUUGAACGAUGAUACGUUCCAAAGAGUUAUUGCAUUGAUAAGGAGAGUCAUGCUAGAAGCAGGACGAAAGAGGAGGAGCAUUAAUAUCGAUGAGAUUCUUCUUGUUGGUGGAAGCACCAAGAUCCCAAAGAUCCAAAGACUUGUCAAGGAUUACUUUAAUGGGAUUGGGAAGGAACCAAACAUAAGGGUGGAACCACAUGAAGCAGUUGCUCUUGGAGCAGUACUUCAUACCUACUCUUUUGACUGA